UCCAACAAUGGCUGGUUGGGAAGGACGCCACUUUCUCGAAUGUGUCACGAUUCUAAUGCUUAUAAUACUCCAAGUAUCUGCGCACAAGCCUCUGUUCAAGGACUUUCCCUCACAUGUGUUGCUUCGACACAUAUCUGUGUCUAGACAUCUUCCAGUCUGUGUCCUCUUCCGUAAACAAGAAAGUGGAUCAAAGCUAGAAAAUAUUUUAUUCACGUUGUGGAAGGACAAAGACUUGUUUCACAGUAUUUCAUCAUGGGAGAUUGGAUCAUUUACGGUAAACAAGGACACAACAGAGGCUGUGCCAGUCCCACCAGUGUUCCCCGGCCUUCGGUGCUAUCUAGGGGAGACAAUCAUGUACGACUAUGAGGGCAAAACAGCAAAAUCAAAACUAUCCAAAUGGUUUCAAGGACUGUUUUCUCGGCACAUGGAGCACCAGCAAGACAUCACAGAGGAGGUGGUGGACAUGGCUGUCAGGACUCACACCUUCACCAUCAUUGCCUUCCCCAACAUGCACAUACACAAACAGGUGGAGGACACAGUACACCAGAUAAGCUAUGACAGUGCAGACCACAUCAAGUCUCUGAUAGUUCAUCCCCACUCAGAGAGAAGGAGAUACAUCCAGGAGAUGUUUGGGGUGACGACUCUGCCAGCAGCUGUUGUGGUGCACAAUCAAGAUGAUGGAUCUGACCCCGUGGUAAAAGUCUUCCCUGAGAUCUCCCUGCGUAGAGACAAAAUGGAGACCUACAUCCAGGCCCGGAGAGUGCCCACCACUCACUUCACAAUGGAGUCCUUCAAUCUGCUAGUCCGGGACACAUCUGCUGAGGGUUAUGUCCCCUUCCUUAUUGGCUUCUACGCCUUCUGGGCACCGAGUGUCAUGACGUUCCUCCGAUUCAUGUCUGUCACUGUGCAGGAGUUUGACGACCUGAGAGUAUCCCUGCGAUUCGGCUUAGUCGACCUGUCGGAACAAAACCUGUUGGUCAACAGAUACAUUGACCCCAUGAAGGCAAGAUCGUUUCCUUUUCUGAUCCUGUUUACGAAAGGUAGAGAGACAGGUGAACUACAACAGACUCUGCUGACUGAGAAGAGACCAAGUCCCCUCACUGUGUACACAGAGCUACUGCAGCUUGGCAUCAACAUCUCCACCUACAGUGGGGAGCCAGUGCUGUACCAGCCAUAUGGUGUGGAGGACCCCCUACAGGUUUCUGGUGUGUUUGGGGGGCCGUAUGGACACAUGUGUUCCCCAGGCUACCAUAACCAGACCGACAAUACACCCAGGAGGAGGCCGGGGAUGAAGAAGAAGAUAAAGGAACUGAAAAAGAAAAGAGACUGGCCCAACAGGCAUAUUUUUGAUGAAAUCGAUGCCACCCUUCCAAAGGAUCAUGGGAUGCCAGUGGUGUCUCACGUGACAUGGAGUCAGGUUGUGGAGAAGUCCCAUGCUCCACGACACCCAUUCCUGCCCGAAGGUAGAUGGGCAGGAGAGUAUACCAAGGCAGCCAUGAUUGUGUUCCUGAUUGAUGGAUGUGGAAGCUGUCGACGCAACAUUGACGUCUUCCAAGAACUGCAUGAAGCAGUGAAGUUUAUAGACGGUGGCUCCUUCUACCUUGCGAACUGUACGCAGGAUCGGCAGUUGUGUGUGGACCAUGGUGUGACAGGCUUCCCCACCAUCAUGGCAUUCCGUGGGUUCGGGUGGCUGGGCCAUGGUCUGUGUGUGUCGCCACAAGCUGAGAGAGAGAUAGCAGAGUCCAUCAGGAUGGACUAUCAUGGUGUCAUACUGGUAAAACAUAUCAUGGAGUGGUUCUCCUCUGUGGCUAGCCCAGCCGUGGACAACCUCAAGUUCAGGCAGCUUCCUCGCAUGGAAGUAGUGGAUGAAGAUGUUCGAUUGACUGCUACUCUCAUGCCGAAGUAUUCCCGCUACCUGCCCAAGUCUAUGCAGACAAGUCCUGACAUGUUUUACUCAUACCAGUGUUAUCGCUUGGCGUGUGAGCGACUGUAUGGCCAGGCUAAGUGCUACACCAUGUACAACAACCAGGUCCCCCCAGAGGAGUACGAGGAGGAGGAUCUGGAUGUGGUGGUGAUCAAGGUGGCUUUAGAGAGGAGCGACGGCAUGAAGGCCAACAUCAUGCAGACUGGACGAUACCUGCGCAACUCCAUCAGCGAGGAGCUGGGCCCACACCUUCACACCUUCCACAAACCUCACAGAUACAACCUUGGAAGCAGUCAGAAGUGUGAGGACAACCACGGCGCCUGUACUGACCUGAUAACGUCCUUCACCCGAGAUCAUGCCCGCCUUCCAGUCACCCACCUCACUGCCAUGUCGUUCCACACCAAGAACAAUCCGCUGUUUGAGGAGGAUCUGCCGAUACUGCUGAGUCUCGUGCAUCAGGACAACAUCACGCAGCAUGCACACUUCAUGCAGAUGUUGAUGGAUGUGGGUACGAGUCUGUAUCAGGAUGUAGCUGUGAUGACUGUGGAUGUGGAUCUGUACCCUGACUGGGUGUCAAGGUUUGUACCAGCAGGGUACCACAAGAAGGCAUCAGUGGAGUCGGACGUGCCUCGCCUGUUUCACUACCCACGCAUCUGUCUGAUCCUCCCCCACGACCACCAUCAUGCAGCCUUUUACCCUCCUGUCGACGACGCUGACAACGUGGGUAGCACCAACCCACACUUCACCUACACAACUGAUGGAUUGUUGGGAUUUGCCAGAAACUUCUUACAAGAUCCUUCAUCCCAUCUUAUACAAACGGAACAUUUUUAAUGGUGUUACAAUUCAAAGUUACAGAGAAACUGUUAUUGGCUUCUCCCUUCCUCUCAGUGAGCUCAGUUUUUUGUUCAUGUAGGUAACAACAUCACUGGGGAUAAGUAAAGGUAUCUGUUACACAAAAAGGAAUGAAAGCAAAAAAAUAAUAAUCUACAUUUAUGAAGUACUUUAAGAUACAAUGAUUCAAACACAGUAUGGAGCAUCCUGUUUACUGUGUGGCAUUGGGUCAACUUUGUCUUGAUGAGGACAUACCACUCUUUUAAUUUGUUUUCUGGAGCAUGAUUUCUUGGUCAACGUGCCAAGGUAGGAGGCUAACAGAAAUUUGUCAGCUUUGAUUGAAGACAAGAUAUAUAUUUGUUUACUAAAAACACAGAGAGAUGUUAUACUGCAUACUGCUGAUAAUUAUUUUUACUUGGAUUUUCACUUGUCUGUAAAACUAAUAAUUAAGUGUGACAUGGCCUAACAUUGAGUUAAUGAUUUUAUGCACAAAAGAUGACAAAAUGUUAUAAUUGAAUCAAAUAUUGGUUAAUGGAAAAUGCUCCAUAUCAAAACAAUUUAUGACCUAGAAGUCCUCACUGAGAGAGAAGGCUGCAGGUAUAGAUUUAAGCUCAUGUCAAUCACUGGAUUGUCUGGUCCUGCCUCUAUUAUUUACAGACUGCUGUCAUAGGCUGGAAUAACGUUGAGUGAAGCGUUCAACAAAAAAGAAAGAAAAAGGGAAAAAAGAUGAUAGGAGAGUAAACACCUGUGUGUCAGUGAGAGGAGUGUUGUGUCUACUGAAGUCUGUGUUGUGUCUGUGUCAUGGUCAUGGGCUUAGAUCACUUUGUGGAAGAGGAAGCAAUGAUGAAAUAUCUACUAGAUUACUGGUAGAAUAUCCCCAGAUAAAGAGCUCUAUUAGUAUGAAUUUUGUGCAAUGUCAUAAGUUUGUAUUUAUUUAUUUAUUGAAGAAGAAAGUACUAGGAAUGUCAAAAGAAGUAAUUAUUGUACCUUUUUGUACAUUUGAAUCAAAACAUUUUGCAUUUACUUUGAUAUAUUUACAUAUAUGCGUACACCUGAGGCAGGUCAGUUAGCAUUGCAUUUUUAUAGGGCCUUUAUUAUUUUAUUUAUCUUUGGAUAAAUGUAUGUUAUGUUCCAAAAUAUAAAAACAAUAGAGAAACAGACUCCUUUCAACUCCUUUUAGUUAAAAUAUUCAAAUAGGAGAAGUCCAAGUUAGCAGGAAGUUUACAGCAUUACAUACAGCAAGCAGUCAGCUGUAACAAAUCCUUGGAAAUGACAGUGAUGUCACAUGUUUUGUUCUGUGAUACAAGCUGUUACCUAUAAAAGGUCCUUGGAAAUAACAACACUGUUACAACAAUGUUACAUGAUAUGUUUUGUGAUACAAGCAGUCAGUUACAAGUCCUUGGAAAUAACAAGAAUGUCACAACAAUGUUGCAUGUAAUGUUUUGUGAUACAAGCUGUUACCAAUAACAAGCCCUCAGAAAUAACAACAAUGUUACAACAAUGUUGCAUGUAAUGUUUUGUGAUACAAGCUGUUACCAAUAACAAGCCCUCAGAAAUAACCACACUGUUACAACAAUGUUGCAUGUAAUGUUUUGUGAUACAAACAGUUAACUGUAACAAGCCCUCAGAAAUAACCACACUGUUACAACAAUGUUGCAUGUAAUGUUUUGUGAUACAAACAGUUAACUGUAACAAGCCCUCAGAAAUAACAACAAUGUUACAACAAUGUUGCAUGUAAUGUUUUGUGAUACAAGCUGUUGCCAAUAACAAGCCCUCAGAAAUAACCACACUGUUACAACAAUGUUGCAUGUAAUGUUUUGUGAUACAAACAGUUAACUGUAACAAGCCCUCAGAAAUAACAACAAUGUUACAACAAUGUUGCAUGUAAUGUUUUGUGAUACAAGCUGUUGCCAAUAACAAGCCCUCAGAAAUAACCACACUGUUACAACAAUGUUGCAUUGACUGUUUUGUGAUACAAACAGUUAACUGUAACAAGCCCUCAGAAAUAACAACAAUGUUACAACAAUGUUGCAUGUAAUGUUUUGUGAUACAAACAGUUAACUGUAACAAGCCCUCAGAAAUAACCACACUGUUACAACAAUGUUGCAUGUAAUGUUUUGUGAUACAAACAGUUAACUGUAACAAGCCCUCAGAAAUAACAACAAUGUUACAACAAUGUUGCAUGUAAUGUUUUGUGAUACAAGCUGUUGCCAAUAACAAGCCCUCAGAAAUAACCACACUGUUACAACAAUGUUGCAUGUAAUGUUUUGUGAUACAAACAGUUAACUGUAACAAGCCCUCAGAAAUAACAACAAUGUUACAACAAUGUUGCAUGUAAUGUUUUGUGAUACAAGCUGUUGCCAAUAACAAGCCCUCAGAAAUAACCACACUGUUACAACAAUGUUGCAUGUAAUGUUUUGUGAUACAAACAGUUAACUGUAACAAGCCCUCAGAAAUAACAACAAUGUUACAACAAUGUUGCAUGUAAUGUUUUGUGAUACAAGCUGUUGCCAAUAACAAGCCCUCAGAAAUAACCACACUGUUACAACAAUGUUGCAUGUAAUGUUUUGUGAUACAAACAGUUAACUGUAACAAGCCCUCAGAAAUAACAACAAUGUUACAACAAUGUUGCAUGUAAUGUUUUGUGAUACAAGCUGUUGCCAAUAACAAGCCCUCAGAAAUAACCACACUGUUACAACAAUGUUGCAUGUAAUGUUUUGUGAUACAAACAGUUAACUGUAACAAGCCCUCAGAAAUAACAACAAUGUUACAACAAUGUUGCAUGUAAUGUUUUGUGAUACAAGCUGUUGCCAAUAACAAGCCCUCAGAAAUAACCACACUGUUACAACAAUGUUGCAUGUAAUGUUUUGUGAUACAAACAGUUAACUGUAACAAGCCCUCAGAAAUAACAACAAUGUUACAACAAUGUUGCAUGUAAUGUUUUGUGAUACAAGCUGUUGCCAAUAACAAGCCCUCAGAAAUAACCACACUGUUACAACAAUGUGGCAUGUAAUGUUUUGUGAUACAAACAGUUAACUGUAACAAGCCCUCAGAAAUAACAACAAUGUUACAACAAUGUUGCAUGUAAUGUUUUGUGAUACAAGCUGUUACCAAUAACAAGCCCUCAGAAAUAACCACACUGUUACAACAAUGUUGCAUGUAAUGUUUUGUGAUACAAACAGUUAACUGUAACAAGCCCUCAGAAAUAACAACAAUGUUACAACAAUGUUGCAUGUAAUGUUUUGUGAUACAAGCUGUUACCAAUAACAAGCCCUCAGAAAUAACCACACUGUUACAACAAUGUUGCAUGUAAUGUUUUGUGAUACAAACAGUUAACUGUAACAAGCCCUCAGAAAAAACAACAAUGUUACAACAAUGUUGCAUGUGAUGUCUGCAAUACAAACAGUUAGCUAUAGAGGUUAUAUUAUUAUUAUUUGUUAUUAUUAUUAUGUAAAUUUGGAAAUUGAUACAUACAGACUAUCAAGGAAAUGAAAGUGUAUUUUGUAAUGUUGGUGUUGGCUCCUUGAUAUGAUUGGUUUUCAAGUUUUGUAUCUCCUAGUUUGUUGGAAGUAGUUUUAAGUAGGUGCUGUUUGAGGAAAGUGAUAGAGCCUACAUAUUUCCUGGUAUGUGUAGCUAGGCACUGCUUCAAAACAAGGACUUGAAAGUUCAUGAUUUCUCUUAAUCAAGUCAAAAAGACCAGAAAAUUAACUCUUUUUGUUUCUUGUUUCAACUGAUCACAUUUCAUUUUAUAUGUGAGGACCGAAAAGCAGUCUCGGGUCUAAGACUAUUUAGUCUCAUGAGGCAUUGUUUUAUUGUCGUGUUUUUCCCCAGUUUUUUUUCACACAGCCAUUGUGGGUAACUCUUCCAACGGUUCCGUAGUAAUUGCAUGCUGCAUACCAUCAUAAAGAGAAAAUUGAUUGUUGCAUCAAAUAUCCCAAACUAGAAGACUAGGCAUAAAACUAUUUUAGUCCCAUCCGGCAUGAAAUAAUAUGUAAGAACCAUGUAAAUUUGUAUGACACCCAUGUGUGGCCUGUACAGCAGAACCUGUUUAGUCUGGACACCUUGUCAAUCUGGACAUGUAAUACUGAAAACAGUAUUGUUUGGAUACCCAUGCUGUUUGUUCAUAAAUACUUGGACCAUGUGGGUCAAUGACCUUCACAUAGUAUAUUGCUUUAAUUUCUUUGUAUUUUGUAACAUUUUCUUAUAUAAAUUUUGUAUUUUAUGCAUUUGUCAGCAGCUGGCUGCUAUUACUUAAUAAUGUAUUAUCUAUUUUGUAUAUUUAAUCUUUCUAAAAAUAUAUUUAUUACAUAUUUAGCAUAUUUAAUCAUUUAGAAAAUUGUCAGAUGUUUGACAUUUUCGCCUUAAGCAAUGUGAAGUUGUUCAUCCUUAAACAUGUUAAAACCACAGACCUGUGCCUUGACGAAUGUGAUGCCUUCUGGUUUCACACAGCUGGUGUUAUAUUUGUGCUCUGAAAAACAAACAAUUAUAUGUCAAGAUAAAUCAAACUGAUAUCUCAUGCUUUGUAUAUUCCUUCCACUAUUUACUUUAUAUAUAAAAUUAAUUGAAAGAAAAAAAAAAAUAUAAGUCAGACUUGAAUAAUUACCGGUACAUUCCAUACUCAAAAUUUUUACAGGGAUGUGUUAUGGAUAACUAGAAGUUGUAUAUACAUAUGACAAAGAGUAUUAUGGAUAACUAGAAGUUGUAUAUACAUAUGACAAGGGGUAUUAUGGAUAACUAGAAGUUGGAUAUACAUAUGACAAGGAGUAUUAUGGAUAACUGGAAGUUGGAUAUACAUAUGACAAGGAGUAUUAUGUAUACAUGUGACAAGGAAUAUUACGGAUAACUAGAAGUUGGAUAUACAUAUGACAAGGAGUAUUAUGGAUAACUAAAAGUUGGAUAUACAUGUGACAAGGAGUAUUAUGGAUAACUAAAAGUUGGAUAUACAUGUGACAAGGAGUAUUAUGGAUAACUAGCAGUUGGAUAUACAUAUGACAAGGAGUAUUAUGGAUAACUAGAAGUUGGAUAUACAUAUGACAAGGAGUAUUAUGGAUAACUGGAAGUUGGAUAUACAUAUGACAAGGAGUAUUAUGUAUACAUGUGACAAGGAAUAUUACGGAUAACUAGAAGUUGGAUAUACAUAUGACAAGGAGUAUUAUGGAUAACUAAAAGUUGGAUAUACAUGUGACAAGGAGUAUUAUGGAUAACUAAAAGUUGGAUAUACAUGUGACAAGGAGUAUUAUGGAUAACUAGCAGUUGGAUAUACAUAUGACAAGGAGUGUUAUGGAUAACUAGAAGUUGGAUAUACAUAUGACAAGGAGUGUUAUGGAUAACUAGAAGUUGGAUAUACAUAAGACAAGGGGUAUUAUGGAUAACUAGCAGUUGGAUAUACAUUUGACAAGGAGUAUUAUUGGUAACUAGAAGUUGUUUAUACAUAUAACAAGGAGUGUUAUGGAUAACUAGAAGUUGGAUAUUCUUUUGACAAGGGGUAUUAUGGAUAACAGCUUCUUUAUUCAUUUGUAUAUACAGGACAUUUUAAGGCGACUUCAUCAGGUGCAAUGUGUAGAUACAAUAACUAAGUUGUUCGCCAUUGUUUUCCUUGUCAUGCAUUUAAAUUUUUUAAUAGUUUUUCCUAAUUUUGUCUCCACUGUUUUUUUUAAAUUCAUUUGCUGAUAAAUACAAAAUAAAUAUCAAAAUCAUCACUUUUGAAAUUUAUAUGUGGAACAUAUUUGCUACAUUGUCAAUGUCAUUAACUCAGAUCUUUUAUACAGAAAGGAUACCUACUGGGCAGAGGGAUCCAGGUGUAGAAGAUCUGAUAUUAAUGAGAUUGGCUACAUUGCUGUAAUAGCCUUCACUUGCAAAGAUCAUAAACACAUUCAACAACAUCAACAUUCCUGUGUAUAGGAAAAGUGUUCAUUAUCCUUGAGUUGAAAGAAGACAUGUCUUGCUUGAAAACAUUUAGCUAAAAAUAGAUCACACUUUCAUGUGAUAUCUAUUCUUGAAAAUUCCUCCAGUGCGAAAUGUUAAGCAAUAAUUGUUCCCUGAGUCUAGAUUGUUAGAGGGGUAUUAAUACCCCACCCCUGUAUUGAAGCACUACCCACACCUGUUGAGGCCGUUCCAAUGAUCAUUUCUUGUGUUGUCCACAAAUUGCUGUCAAGUAUUCAAUCACACUCGAAAGAGUCUCCUCUAUGUGUUUCUGACAAUAUGGUCUGAUCCUAGAGAAUGCUUAAAGACCCAUUCUACAGAUGCAGAUGACUGAUUUUCCGCUGAUGUGAUUUCAUGUGAAAAUAUGCGACUUUCAUUCAUGUGAUUGUGUGUGAUCUCCUGUGCGGUCACAGACUGUCACACAGCCAUUCAGUGCUCCCUCCUAUACGUCUGGUUAAAGUCAUUUUCAAAAGGGAUUUUGUUUCUUAUGUAGAUAGAUGAGUUUGACACUCACUCACAAUCUACAGUAGUGAGCGAGUUAAAAUUUAACGUCGCAUCAGCAUUUUUUCAGCCAUAAACGACCAAUCUACAGUAUCUCUUAUGUGACCAACCACUUCCACAUCACCCAGGAUGUGACCUGACGUAAUCCACGACUUACUACAACUUCGGUGAAUUUCAUGACAUCAGUGAUUAAUGUAAUUAAAUUCAAUUAACUUUGACAUUUAGGUUAAGUUAAAUUAAUUUAUACACAUGAAAUGGCAAGUCAAUUGCUCACCCGAAAGAAACACGGGAACAUAUGGUACAGGUCAAAAUAGGACAUUGCAUUUUUGUCACUGAUGCCUCAAAUUUGGAAUGGCCUACGACAUUCUUUGUUGUUUUGCAACCUUCACCACUGUGUGGUUCAACUUCAUUAAGUCAGGUUUGCCAUAUAUUUCCAAUUAAUUUGAUUAAUUAAUGUGAAGCUGCAUUCUGUUUAAUCAGUUUAUCAAUAUACCCAAAGCGUUUAACUGAAAAAUGUUCACUCCAGUAGUCAAGAUCUUGAUAACACCUGUAAACAAACGUUCACAAGAUCACCAACUACUUGUUGAAAAUAGAUUAUAUUCCUGUCAUGUGCAGGUAUGAGUGCUUCCCUCAGGUGUUCACAGGUGUGGGGUGCCAGGCUGUGCUCACUGUAAUGUUGUCUGUUCAGUAUCUCCUCCCACCCGGGCCCCAUUGUGUCCCCUCCGCUCGCUGGACAAGGGGUAAGACUCACUAUGCACCCAUGCACAGAGGACAUCUUAGACCGUAAUGGAGCCUUGGGAAUGGGGUCAACAUACUCCAGUUUGUUAAUAAUGGACAGCAGUACGUAUGUGCGAACUGCUUGACUGGUCCCGGUGUGUACACAUCUAAUGCAUUGUCCGGUUAUGGGUUCUUACAGAAAUAUUUUUGUUUGAAGAGUAAAUCCGUUUUAUUGUCAAACUGAUUCUGAUUAGAAUUAGGAAAACGCCGUUUCGGGUGCUGUGUUUAAUGACACGGCGUGUCACUGGUUUAGGUAAACUCGGGCGAAUGUAUCAACAUACCAUACAUAGAUUUUAUCAACUUACUUAUGUCCUGUUUAACACCUGUGUUUUGGGGCUUUUUGCUGUUCGACCUAUUUUCCCUUACACUUUUGUCUUACCCAAUCAGUCGUAAGGGUUGUGUUGUGUUUUGUAUGCGUUUAACACAUUUAUCGCAAUUAACAAUUCCUGUCAUUGUUCUUUAUAUUUGUCUUUUUUUUCAAAUGACCAAAACUGUACCUUCCUAUAUGUCAACAUAUAUAUUUAUUUUUAUUAAUGAGACAACUAGUUCUUUAUAUUUCUUGAUAACUGUACUGUUCAACAACGAGGCUUAUAUAAUAUUAACUGAUGGUGUUUUUCUAUAUUAAUAUUUUUGUUAUCACCUCAGUGGGCACAAUGGACAAUCCGGCAUUGAUGAAAUAAUCUUAUUAAGUUGACAAGCCUAUGCAGAUGGUCAAUACAGGUGCUCGACGCCGCUCCCCGUGCGUAGGUAGGCCUACCCGGAAAUGCCUAAACCGCCGGAGGACGUUUUGUACCUGCGAAUGUUCAGUCAGUGUAAUGUCUCAGUGGAAAUCUACCCAUUUCACUUAAGAGGUUGUGCAUAUUUGCAAUUUCUAUACAUUGAUGUUAAUGGUAACCUGGGUGUAUUCUACUAUGCUCGUAGCAUGUGAAUCCUGAGUUAAUUUGAACGCAUUCGCAUGUUGUGAUUAUUCUUACCCUUUUCCGAACACAGAAUUUCAAAUAUUGCCACUGACAUUUCUUGGUGUCAUGCAUGUUCGAUUCUAAAGUGACACCGAUGUUAUGUCAGACAUCGUAUAUUUUAUUUCCUGUUACAUCUCUUUCACAUACCAGCUUGUAUUAUUGUUCUUACCACUGCAGCAUUCCGUCCACAUAUUUUUUGAUGCAUGUCUUUUUUAUUUGCAUCUUAUAAUAAACAUUUAUUAAAUUA